GGUCCCGAGAACCUCUAUCAACAUCGUACCUACACAUGGCAUAUUGUUGCUGGACAUUCUACCUUCGUAUACCACCUUUUUGAUAAUCCUUACCUCUGGGUAUUUAUCAAUGAAUACAAACCAGUCCCCGCACACCGGACCCAAUGUCUACUUGUAGGCCCGCUGCUUCGCCGGACGCGUCACAUCCACCAUCGAGGAUCCUCACACCAAGUUCCGAUAACUCUUUGAACCAGAGCCAUGCCAAAUCCCUCGAUGGCUUCGACGCGAAGGGGAGACAGGGCUCCAGUGCGCUGGAACAUCUUCUGAAGCCCUCAAUUGUUGUCAGGCCGCACCCUCCCGACGUCCUGGCGAAACCUUGCACUCUGCAACCAAUUUUGCUGCUUAAGCGACGGCACCUCCCACUCUCCCUCCUCGAUCUGUCUUCCCCUCACGGAAAUCUGCAUUCGAGCCGCUUCUAUGAAUCUCACAUCAAGAUACUCGACCUCGAAGAUCGCAUGGCUGUGGAGCCGAGCGUUUUGAUCGCGCGGAACGAAGCAACGAGGGUUAUAUACGCUAUUGAGAGGAGCGAUGCUAAGCUAUAUACGGUUUGUAAACUGGGAUCGUGGGUCGACGUGUUGGAAUUGUCCAGCGCGGCGACUGUGUCGAACAGGCAACUCUUACGACCCGGGCGCCCCGCUCUCGCAGACAUGCCCACCGCGCCCUUGACCACUCCACAUCUCCACAAAGAACAAAAACAGAAACGGCUGGCUAUUGAGGCCCUACAAUCUGUCGUGCGAAAACGCGGCCGGUCGCAGUCGGUCUCGGCUUUGGAAAUUGCCAGAGCAGAGAAGCGGUCCAUGUGCGACAACGGCCGGCCCUCACCCCCUACCUCGUCGAAUCUCGAUACACCCGAGGAUUCCGACAUGCCUAGGAAUCAUACUGGACCACAGGACAUCGAUACGCUCGAGCAUCAACCACCUGAUGCCACAGUCCCAGGAGACUCGGCGACCUCGGAACUUCGUGUUCCAACCACCCCCGAUGAUGUACUCGACAGGCUCAGGGCGCAAUACAUGGACGCCCUGUACGCAUCCAAGGGAUCCCUGGCGUACUUUGCGAAAGGGCCACUAUCUCGAGCGAGGGCAGCAUUCCAUCUUGAUUGCGACAUGGCAUUUAACAUGAGCGACUUGAUCGAUUUUCUUAAAAGCCUUAUUAUGACUACGGUACAGGUCGAUAAGAAGUACAGAGAGACCAUCCCGGACAUCAUCGCCACAAUGAAAACGCUUAUCGAAACGUCAGACGAAGAAAAUAAACCCAAGAAGAGAAGGCCGAAGAAGAUGAGGAUUGGAAAGGACGGGCUAUAUCCCUCUGAGGAGAGCCAUGUCCGUGAGUGGUGGACGGCGAACAAACUCGAAGCCUCAGAAGAAGACGGCAAUAUUCCGGGGGCUUUGGUCAAGUCGCAUGUGGACCUUCUGCGCACCCGAGAAACGCAGCUCCAAAUGAUACUAAUUAUGGAGAUCCUGGCUCUGGAGCCAUUGAGGGCUCAAGAGAACGACGUAGAGAGCCAAUUGCCGGGGCUAUCAGCCGCUCCCGACUCCGACAGCAGAGCGCCUGCCGCCCAGACCUCCAGGAAACGAAACAAACAUAACUUCCCCGUCCUUGUAGACGUACAUGCCGAUCGAUUGUGCAUCUGGCAGUCGACAGCAUCUGACGAGCUGAGACUGCUCGAGGAUUCACAGGUCAUAACACAAGCACCGGGGCAGCCGGCUCAAAAGGCGUCCGCAGAUCCCCUGAAGGACUUUUGCACAGACAUUAUUCUGCCAUUCUUUGCCGCCCGUUUGCCUGAGCUUUGUGACUCCAUCAGCCGCAAGCUGGGGGGACCCGUCAUAAUACCACCAGAGAAGCCGGAAAAGCCCAGGCAGCCUACUCGCUCCUCCGAGGCGAGACCGAAACCUGGCACCGCCGCCAAGCGACCUACUCUCUCAUCAUCGGCCUCGAAAACGAUUGAAAGAGCCCUGCAUAAGGAACAGUCCAGGCGAAGCGUUUCUCGCGGCCCGAGCAGCACCAUUGCAUUGAUGCGGUCGGCCACCUCCGCCGUCAUCCCUGGCCUCAAGCGAGAAGCCAGUGAACAAAAUGCGUUGGGGGGCCUGAGCCGAAACCCCGAGCGAAACAUGUCUCAUGACAGAACGAGGUCGCUUUCUAGGAGCAGCAGCUUGACGGCACUGGAUAACCCCAGAGCGCAGAAGAAGGCCAUGGUUGAAGCUGAGUUGAAGAACGCUAUUGACGCCAUCAGGAAACCAAACCGGGUGUUGGUCGGCAAGGCGAUCGUGGAGGAGGCGGCUGAACGCAGGACGUCUGGAGGCUUGUCGCACAUCAAGAAAUCCAAAAAGCCGACUCGGCAUCCUCUUUUCCAGACGGUCCAGGUCAAGGCCACACCAACAAACAAUCGCUUUCGAGACGCGCUUGCCACAGAGGCCCGUGGUUCCGACAUGCACAUGCCGAAGUUGGGCUUGCCGCCGUCAAGCGCGUCGAUGAUCCCCUCUACCGCUCCAAGACGAGGCACGAGGGAUGCGUUGGAAGCUGCGCCAUCGUCUGCUAUAAUGGCCACGCCAUCCAAGCCUUCCGCUUCGUCUCGGGUAGAUGUCUCUGAAGUCGCCUGUGUUCCAGGCUCGUCGCCUCUGAUGGAAAGAAAAGCCGCCAGACUGCAGCAAUUAGCUUCCCCGACGCACGCUGCAACACAGAAGAACAGCAUUGCAAUCUCUGCCUCUCCUAUGGCCGAUGGAGGGAUUUUGGAAACGCCGGUGAAAGGACCGAGAUUCUUCACUUUGCCGCAAGAAGAAAUCUCCUCUACACCUAUCAAGAACCUGAACAACCAGACGACGACAAAUGGGUCUAUAUACGAACGAUUAGGAUGGGAUAAUGAUUAUGAUGAUUUAUAAUGACAAAAAUAGACAACGGUACGGGCGUGCAUGGCUACGGCGCAAGUGGGAAGGCAUGGGGUUUUCGAAGUAUUAUAUUGCAUGGGGCGUACGGGGAGUGUGGGUUUGGGUGGAAAUUCUCACGGGCGUGGAUUAUAUGGCCCCCCGCGUAGCCAUUCUGUCUGGCGCUCUCUCGGUUUCAAAGCUAGGGACGGGAAGGGGCGUCAAGGAUAGCGGGAUCCAAGGCACAAACGGUAGGUAGAUAGCUCUUGAUUAAGCAAAGGGGGGGGGCCUCCAUACCUAACUUGACGCGCGUUGAACUUGAAUUAUCGGACUCCUACCCCCC